GUGUGAAAGAAGGAAAGGGGCGGAGGCCGUGUGUGUAGAGGGGACACUAAGAGGGACGGGGCAGAUAUGUGGAAGAGCACUCGGGGUUGGUGUAGGGGCAGAUAAAGCAAUGCCAGGGGCAGGAGCGGUCUCCCUGUAAUCCGGGGAUGGAGAAUCAGGAUCUGAUCAGCGCAUCGGAGAUUAUCAAAGAUCGCUUAUAUUUUGCAACCUUGAGGAACAAACCAAAGAGCACAGUAAACACUCACUAUUUCUGUUCAGAUGAGGAAUUUGUGUAUGAGAACUUCUAUGCAGAUUUUGGGCCCCUAAACCUUGCUGUUCUGUACAGGUUCUGCUGCAAACUCAACAAGAAGCUAAAGUCCUUUAGCCUUUCGGGAAAGAAGAUUGUUUAUUACACAUGCUUUGACCAGAAGAAAAGAGCUAAUGCAGGGUUUCUAAUUGGUGGAUAUGCGGUUAUUUAUUUAAAGAAGACUCCAGAAGAGGCAUACAGAGCUCUGCUGAGUGGGGCUAGCCCCCCAUACCUCCCUUUUAGAGAUGCCUCAAUUGGAACCUGCACAUACAAUCUCACCAUUCUGGACUGUUUGCACGGAAUCCGAAAGGCUUUACACCUUGGGUUUUUUAACUUUGAGAGGUUUAACGUGGCUGAAUAUGAACAUUACGAGAGAGUGGAAAAUGGGGACUUCAACUGGAUUGUCCCUGGAAAAUUUUUGGCAUUUAGCGGGCCUCACCAGAAAAGCAAAAUUGAAAAUGGUUACCACCUACACGCACCAGAAUCAUACUUCCCGUAUUUUAGAAAGCACAACGUCGUAGCGGUGAUACGUCUCAAUAAGAAGAUUUAUGAUGCCAGUCGGUUUACCGAUGCCGGGUUUGAGCACUACGACCUAUUCUUUGUGGAUGGAAGCACGCCCAGUGAUGGCAUAGUACGGAGAUUCCUAAGUCUUUGCGAAAACACAGAUGGGGCUAUUGCUGUUCACUGCAAAGCCGGCUUGGGCAGGACAGGCACCCUCAUAGCUUGCUACAUUAUGAAGCACUACAGGUUCACUCAUGCCGAGGCAGUUGCAUGGAUAAGGAUAUGUCGGCCUGGCUCUAUCAUUGGCCCCCAGCAGCACUUCUUGGAAGAGAAGCAGACCUGGCUGUGGCUUCAGGGUGACCUUUACAGGAGUAAACAGAAGCAGAUGCAGCUGGAGGAUGGACCUGUAGCCCAGAUCCUGUCAGACUUUGAGGACAUGUCGGUGAGCGAGAGGCUGUAUCGCCAUCUGAACUUGGAUAAAUCAGGGGAGUAUAAUUCGGAUGAAGAAUCGGAUCAGAAAAAUGGUCUCACCCAGGGAGACAAACUCCGUGCCUUAAAGAGUAAGAGACAGCCGCGGUCAGCAACUACUGGAGCACUAAGGCUGGAGGACAUGAAGUCACACGCAAGAUCUGCCACAUCACAGCCCUUCAGGGUGAUUGCUGCCAAUAGUGCCCAGGGCUCAAUGUCUCCGUUGAAAUCAUCCAGGGUUUGUGCGUCCACAUCGGCCACCGCAAGGAGAGUCGGGCAGAGUUUGCUAUCUUCCAGCAGCAAAGGAAAAAGGUGCGUGCUGUGGUGUAGCAUGGAAAUGCAUAGUAUGAGUGCUGUUUUUGCCGGCUCGCUUGGGAAUCUGAAUGCUGCUCUGGAAGAGAUAGACAGCAGACGAAACGCUUCUCCCUCCCGCCCCAGCUACCCCCCAGCUCUUCCCGACAGGCUGUAUCCCUCCCACGUUCGUGGCCGGAGUCAAGGCGAGCUAAACAAUAACCGCAACCAGAUUACUCUGGGCGCCAGUAGUAACACCUACGGAUCCUUCCGCCCCUCCUACUCAGGCCUUUCUCCCAAUGCACGUUACCUCAGCCGCUCUAUUCCCUCCCUUCAAUCUGAAUCUGUUCAGUUCUAAAGGCAGACAGACACCUGUAAGUCCAUUUGCCGGGAUCAGUUCUCUGCAGCAGAAGGAUGGAGUAGAGACCAACGAGAAGAGCCCAGUCUCCAGAUAAAAUAUUUCAACCUACAACACUAAAAACAAUAGGACACUUACAGGUGUCUCUUCUAUAACCUGGACUCCAAACAACGCUGACACUUUUGUUGUUAUUUUUUGGGGGAAAAAAACAUUUGGAAUUUUAUAUUGAAAUAUUUUUUUAAGGAACUUUACCUUGAUGUGUACAUAUCCUAGUCUUGUUCACAAUCGUACUUUUAGGUAAAAAGAAAUAUAUUUUUAGCAUCUUCUAGUUUAUAUGUAUAUUAAGCAUAUGAUAUGUUUUAAAAUCUUACAGGAUAUAUUUUCAUGUUAGGAAUUAUUUGUAACGGAAAAAUCAGAACGUAUAUAUUUUUCUGUAUAGGGUAUUUUUAUAAUGUUUGCAGUGACUAAGUAUUUCUAAUUGAGGGAUUCACUAUUGCUGGGCUGAGUUCCCCUUUAUUUGAAGUAGGCGAUAGGCUGCGGUUAUGUGAGCUCUAAGUGGGUGUGGUUAACUAAAGCUCCACCCAAAUCUCACUUAUACCCACCCACAACAUGCAGUAUAUUUUGGGAUGGAUGCCCAGAGUAUUUAUAGAAGUGCCUGAAAUAUACAUCCUGUCUGAUUACCCAUUUUUAAAUGCUUUGUAAUGCUUCAUACAAUACACAUUUAUGCUGUGAAAUGGGCGAAACACCCGGGUGUACAAAAGUAAUAAUAAUAUGUGAAUGUUUUGGUUUUUAACUUAAUCUUUCCAAAAGCUCAAAAAAGAAAGCAAAAAGAACUACUGACGUCUCAAAUGACAUUUGUAUUUUGACAAACAUGAAUUAUAGUAAUUAAAUAAUUCAUGGAUUUGUAAAUGUAACAAACAGUGUAUAAUUUAGUAGGCAAUUACCUGUUUUAGAGUUAGAAGAACAUGGUUAAAUGUGUCUAAUAACAUAAUUUACAGACAUGACUGUUAUGGCCAUUAUUACACAGUAGGAAUGAGGGUUCAGUAUUAAAUUAUCUUCGUACAGCAGCGGUUUCUUUGAUUAUGUGUGUUUUGUAAAGAAAAGGACAACUUUUAAUCUAUUUUUUUUCCCAAAAUGAUUUAAUUCUGGUUUAUUUAUAAAAUUGCAUCGAAGCUUUUCAUGUCAGCAAAACUUGACUUAAUGGAUUGUUGCUAGUCUGCUCAUUGCU